AUGACUGAACAGGGCCUUGCAAGUGAGAAUCUCAGGAAGUUAAUUUCAGGUGAUGACACAGGGGUAACAGUUGGUAAUGCUGGUAAUGUAGUAGAUGCACUUCUAUACACUGUAUACGGCUCAAAGCUGAGAAAACCGAUUGAUAAGAUACUUGGGGACGAUGGACUCUACACACCGUUCUCUAUGAAUAACAAUCCUAUGUACAUCCUCACACUACCACCGUCAGAUGAGAUUAUGACUGCCCAAGGAGGUGAAGCUAAAGGUGAUUACAAACUAGACAAUCUUGAGUUAGAAUACGAGACAAUUGAAAAUGACAACCUUGCGAGUGAAGUCUCAAGUCUCUAUUCAACAGGCCGCUCACUGUCCUACAAACACGUCACACUUAUGCGUACAAGUAAUUGGGACAAAGAUAGUACAAUUAUCAAUGAGAACAUAAAUAUCCCUAGGAAAAGCAUGUCAGCAAUUGUCCUUCUAUUUACCAACAGAGUGAGAACUGACAGCGAAGAAUAUAUUUACCCAAACAUUGAUAAAGUGAACAUGACCAUUGAAGGUGUGCCUAAUGCAGUCUUCUCCCAAGGACUUCCCAAACAUAGGUUCUUUGAAGAGGCAAAAAGAUUCUUUUGCCCUAUGUGUGAGAAAUCCAUGGCAGACGAAUUUAUGUCCAUCAGUAAGUUCUUCAGUAAUGGCUUCGCUCUAGUGAUCGAUCUCAGGUCAACACAAGAUGAUACCACUGGUGGAGGUAUGAAGAUUGUUAACACACAGUCAGGUGUACUACUGGAAAUUAAAAAGAGAGCCACAACAGCUGACGUUCAAUGCAACAUUUUCGUUGUAUCAGAUGCUCUCCUUAACUUUGCUGAUAGAGAUCUAUCAAGUAUUCAAUACUAA